AUGAUGGAUGAUGUAGGCCAAUUCUAUGGAAUAAGGUAUCAUAAGUUGGGAGACAUUCAGGACCGGAGUCAUUUUUGGACCCAGAUCCUUUAUGAUGUUUCUCAUAGGGAAAUCAUCCAUGGAUAUGAUAUUCAUGGUAGGAAACUUCUUGAAAGUCCAAAGUUUUUUGGCCUCCCCAUUUUAAUCUCAACUCACUUGGAUUGGCUCCAGAAGAAUGAUAAACUGCCAAUUCAAAUUGCUAAUAAGGUUACUUCAGGGGACACACUUGAAGAAAUAACAGAGGAAUUGGAGCCAAAGUUUAGCAAGAUGAAACUAGAAGAAUUUUAUGAUCUGAUCCCAUUUGAUGAUCCUGAGGAAAAGAAUAUGUUUGAAAAUUAUGGAUAUUCAGAGGGUGGUCGACUCAAACAUGGCUAUUGGGAGAUUGAUCACUAUGAAGAAUUAUAUAGGAAAUGGAUCAAAAGUCAAAAGAACACUUCUCUCAAAGAAGAUGAACCACGAUUUGACCAAGAAGACAAAAUUGUUUCUCUGAGAGACAAUGAACAAAAAUUUGAUCAAGAAAAAACUCCUGUAAAAGAGGACAACCAAAAAUCUGAUCAAGAAGAUAAACCAUCCUUCUGGAAAAAAAUUGUGAAAGGAUUUUGGAAUCUGAUUCAAAAAAUCAAGAAUUUCUUUCAAAAAAAAUCCUAGUGGCAUCUUCAAAUUGCCACACUCUGUUCAGGUCUUCUGUUUUUACAAAUCAUAUUUUUGAUACUUCCAUUUGAAACUCAACAAUUGCUUAGAUAG